AUGAAAAUAUUAAUGCUUUUGUUAUUGGUGUUAGUGAAUGUAAAUAAUCUGUAUUAAGUCAGAGCAUUCUUUGAGUAUUUCCUUAGAACAAAAUGAUCUGGAUGAUACUGUGCUUUUACAAAAAGAAGAAACUUUAACACUAUUAGAUAUUGCAAACGAACUGGAAUAAUAUCAUUUGUUUUAAGUCUUGGGUAUGAUGAUAAAGAUAUAAAAAAUAGGAUUUGAGACUUAGGAUAGAUAAAUGAAAAGGUUGGCAGUAGCCUCAAUAAUAUCAAUUUUAACAAUUGCUGCAUGUUGUGGGUGUUCAUAGAUAAUAUAAGCUUAUUCAAAAUCAUGCAAGUAGAAACUUCCACCUCCAAAAAAUUAAUAUAGAAGGCUAGAACAAAAUGCAGACUCUUUAUGA